AACUUGAUGAUUCAUACCCCUACCCGAGAAAAUGAGGAGCUCACUCUUUGGGUCCUUUUCUAUUCUCCAUAUUCUUAUUCUAUCAUGUAUUCUUCUCACACCAACAACUCUUUCCUCUGAUGGAGAUGGUGACGAUGAUGGUGAUUUGGUGGACCAGAUAUGCCGAAAGACUCCCUUUUAUGAUCUCUGCAGCUCCAUCUUACAUUCAAAUCCCUUGGCCCCCAAAAGUGAUCCAAAGGGUAUGGCCCUCAUAAUGGUGAACAACAUUCAGGAAAAUGCUACUGACACACUGUGUUACAUUGAAGAGUUGAUCAAGCAAACCUCAGAUGAACAAUUGGAGCAGCAACUGGAUUUCUGCGCAGAGUCAUACAUCCCAGUUGUGAAGUACAUUCUCCCACAAGCAGCUGAUGCCAUAAGCCAAGGUCGAUUUGGGUUUGCCAGUUACUGCAUAGUUGAUGCUCAGAAGGAAGUAAAUGCCUGCGACAAGAAAUUUUCUGGCUCAUCUCAGGCACCCUUAAGUGAUAGAAAUGACAUUAUGCAGAAGCUGGUGGAUGUGGCUGCAGCCAUAGUUAAACUACUAUUAAAUGGCUGAUUUUUUUCUCUCCCCUCUUUCCACGGGUUUCCCACACCGUUUCCGAAUUCUUUCUCUGCAAAAAUGGAUCCAAAACCGAGCAUGAGAAUGGAGAGAACAGCUUCCCCCAGUUGCUCUGCAAUGCUGAUCUUGGCCGUUGAAACACGAAUUCACACUGAUCGACGAUGUACUACGCAAUCGGACGGUCCAUGUAAAAGCAUUACUUGUUCAUAUUUUAAUUCAAUUUCAUCUUAGUAUAUUAGGUCCUUCAAUUCUUUCUUAAACUCAAUUUCAGUAUUUUAUUAAUAUGAUUUUGUUUAUCUACUAA